AUGUCAAUUAGUGCCGAUAGGCUGAUGUAUCUAUCAAGGUAUACUUGUAAUCAAUAUACUGCAAACGAGACCUCUCAUUGGUAUAUUUUUCAGGCCACUUCAGGAGCUAGUAGUAUAGCGCAAAAAGCAGGAGUUGCUGCAUUAGGCUUGGGCUAUGCUGGUGGGCAAGCAGUUUCCACCAGGGUGAAAGCAUUCAGGCAAAGGCGAGAUUUCUUGGUUAAAAGCUUUGGGGAAUUGGAAGGUGUUAAGAUAUCGGAACCUCAGGGAGCUUUCUAUCUCUUCAUUGAUUUCAGUUCUUACUAUGGAAUAGAAGCUGAAGGUUUUGGUAAAAUUGAAAAUUCAAAGUCACUUUGUCGAUACCUCCUGGACAUGGCUCAGGUUGCGCUAGUCCCUGGAGAUGCAUUUGGGGACGAUAGCUGCAUUCGUAUAUCUUAUGCAGCAUCCCUCACCACCUUACAAACUGCUUUUGAGAGAAUUAAGAAAGCACUUAUCUCCCUGGGGCCUGCUGUUCCAUUUUAACACGGAUGAAUUGUCAAAUGUCAUGCAGCAUAUUUUAGUUGUUGUUCUUUAUUUUGUAAUUUGAAAAUUUUAAUUUUUAAUAAGUUUUUCGAAUAAAAUUCUGGGUUUUCUUGGUUGAUUUGUUCUUUUGUAUGAUUGUCCUGCAUUUUCCUUUCAAUUUCAAAGGUAGAGUCCCUACGGGUUUGAUAGAGAAAAUAUGACUUCAUGCUCAUGCGUUUGA